GCGAGCGGCGCGGCCUCCCGAGACCGGACGUGCUUACGAGCGGCUACUCUCCGCGCGCCCCUCCGCCCCAACCUUUGCGGGCUCAGGGCGAAGGCUGUCGCUGCGUACCGCCCCGAGCCCUAGAGCCUAGCCACGCCCCCGGAGGUUCCGCCCCUGUCGCCGGGAUCCCAUCCCUCCGCCCGCAAGACCCCCGAGCCCAAUGAUUCUGCAGCAGCCCCUGGAGCGAGCCCCCCCGGGUCGGGGCCGUCGCUACCUGCGGGCCCCCUCGGGGGAGACUCGGGGCCUGGACGCGAGCUCCCCUCUCCGAGGAACUUUGCCUAUGAGCACCAAGCGGCGCCUGAAGGAGGAGCAGGAGCCGCUGCGCAAGCAGUUCCUGUCGGAGGAGAACAUGGCCACCCACUUCUCUCGACUCAGCCUGCACAAUGACCACCCCUACUGCAGCCCCCCAUUGACUUUCCCCCCAGCCCUGCCCCCACUCAGGAGCCCUUGCUCUGAGCUGCUUCUCUGGCGCUACCCUGGGAACCUGAUCCCGGAAGCUCUCCGGCUGCUGAGGUUGGGGGGCACCCCCAGCCCCGAUUACCCUGCUGCCCCAGCUGGGGAUGGAAUGGACCUCUGAGUGCUGGUGGGCAGUUCCCCUGCCCACCUUUCUUUCCCCACAUCAGGGAAGACCAGCCGCCUCUGAAAGGACCAGCAGCUUUGCUUGCCCUCCUCCAGGCCAGGCCAGGCCUCUGGGCACCAGGACCAUCCCUCGUGCAGCCUGGGCUGGGAGGGGCCACAGGGUUGGAGGUACUCCGCCCCAGGAGAAC